AUGGACGUGGAUGGCCAUAGCGUCCUGGCGCAGUUCUAUGUAGGCGAGGACCGCACGGCGGAGUCGGGCCUAUCGGCUCAACUGAUGAAGGCAUUCAUCAAAGGCGGAUUCGUCAACAUGGCGCCGGUCCCUAGCGGGCUGCCCAACUUCGUGGUCAUCAAUCGGUUGACGCCGUUGCUGGAGAAUGGCGGACCAGGCUUUAGAUUCAAGGGUAUCGAUUUUGUAUGGUUCGCGGACGCCGCGAAGUUCUGGCCCCCUCCGCUCGCGCUGGGGGGUCUUGGUUCUUCCGCGGGGUGGGUCUUUUCCCCAACUGAUGGGGAUCUCACAUCGGAGUGCGCAGAGCUCCUCUUAGACGGCCUGGCGGACUUGGGCCCUAGGGCGAUCUUUGGUCUAUACGAACCUCAGGCGGGAUCGACGAAGAAGUGGUACCUUCGUGCCAACGGGCCCCCGGUGACGGCCCACUCCGACUUUGAGCGUAUGGGGGUCAACUUUAAGUGGGCCCCCCACUGCGCUUUUUGUAUGAGCAGGCCCGAUCACAUGCACACCGACUGUCCCUUCAUUGGGACUAUCAAUAAGGUGCGGGCGAAGGCGGGGUUCAUCCCCCUGAAGAUGGUCAACGGGGCGUUUUCGCGUGUGGAUAAGGAAGCGGAGAUGGACGUGGAGGGUGAGGUCAAGGGGAUGAAGGAGCGGAUGGAGAAGAUGGACGCCAGGAUUAACUCCCUGGCGGCCGAGGUAAAAGCGCUUGGCAAGCGCAAAGCUGACAAGCCUGCCAAAGACACGCCCAAGGAGAAGAAGCAGAAGAAGGGAGGGGCGGCUCCUGACGCCCAGGCUAAUACCUCCCAGGGAGGGUCUGGGGACGGUAAGAAGAAGAAUAAGGGGGGGGACAAGGCUAAGGGGGCGUCUAAAUAG